AUGAAUGCUUGUAGAUAUGGACAUACAGAAAUAGUGAGGAUGUUGGUAGAAACAGGAGCAGUUUAUUAUAAAUGUAAGAUUGAUGAUUGGUCACCUGUGAUGCAAGCUUGUAGAUAUGAACAUACCGAAAUUGUAAAGAUGUUGUUAGACACAGGAGCAGAUUUUAAUAAAUGUAGCAUUGAUGGUUGGUCACCUUUAAUGCAAGCUUGUAGAUAUGGACAUACAGAAAUAGUAAAGGUGUUGCUGGACACAGGAGCAGAUUAUAAUACAUGUAACAGUGAUGGUUGGUCACCUGUGAUGACAGCUUGUAUUGAGGGACAUAAAGGAAUAGUAAGGAUGUUGUUAGACAUAGGAGCAGAUUAUAAUAAAUGUAACAAUAAAGACCAGUCAUCCUUUAUAAUUGCAUCUGAAAGAGGUCACAGUGACACAGUUACUGUGAUAAAUGAACAUUCUAGGAAUGAAGAAGCAAGAAAAAAGCGAGAUCGCCCAAAAAGUAGCUACAGCAGAAAGAGGCGACUAGAUUCAAGUGAGUCCGAUGACGAUAUUCCACUUGCCAGACUUAGGGAAAUAAUAAAAGAUAAUGCUUUGAAGAAAAAAAGAAAAGGAAACGGUAGUCCCAGCUGUAGUCAAUAAUAUGUUAAUAAAUAUUGCAAAAUAUUACAGCGGGAAAACGUUCUAAAAGGAAGAUGGAUUUGCAAAUUUUACAUUGGUACAAGUGGCAAAUACUGGAAACUGAGCCCCUUGUACCAUAGCAGUAUCAAGAGCAAGAAGAAAAAAGAGAAUCCUGGUAUGAGGAUGUUCACUUACAGCAAAUUUCGUGUCAUAAGUUUAAUUUAACCACUGCUCAAACACUUCCAUAAGAUAUUAAAGAAAUUAGGAUUUUAUAGGAGUCUUUCAUGAUUUUAGAUAACAAAUUACAGCAAAUUAUCAGUCCAGAUAUGUAAUGAAAUACAAUUUUUUUUUAUGAGGGAAUGUAAUUUAUUUAUAACAAAAUCUCAUAAAGAAAGAAAUUGAUGCUAGCAUGAUGAUAGUUUUUGUUUUGAAUAACCAAUCGUCUUGAUUGAUUCCAGAAAUUUUGAAGGCUCCUUUUCAAGGGAAGAUAUUUUAGCUUAUAUUUUUUUUAUUUGAUUUUUUUUGUUUCUUUAACAAAAAAAGGAAACAAAUACAACGACCCAAUUAUCUUUUUAUUUAUUAUAUUUCUGGUGUAUUUCAUAUGAAGUGCCAUAUUGAUUUUUCAUUUGGCCUUUAUUCUUUGUCACAUUCACCUAGCUAUGAUUUUUCAAUGUACAAUUUUUAUAGAAUUUGUAAUUUUUACACACUCUGUAGCUUGAACAAUGAAUAAGGUAUGAUAAUGCCUCUUUUUGACACCUUAAUUCGAAAGUUAAAAAGUAUUUUAAAUCUACUAAAUAACAAUGCAUCGAAGUUUACAGGACAAUUGUUUGUCGGACACUAGUAGUUAUAUUUUUGAGUUUGUUCUUACGUAUUGACAUUUAAACUUCACACUUCUUGCAUUUAUUGCAAAACAGUAAAAACUGUCGAGAUAGCAUCAUUUUGAGAUCUUUACAUUGAUAUUUUGAUAUUAGCAAGAACGCUCCCCAUAAAGAUAUUUUCCAGAUAUAAAUAUUAUUUAGGGGAAGUAUAAGACAAUCAUCAUACCGAAACGUAGAGUUGCAUGAGACGGAGAAAUUGUUUUGUGAUAUAAGUUUUGAAAACUUGAACAGAAGCUUCCUCAUCGAAGGCCAGUAACUAAAGAAAAUUUAGAUAUGUUUUACCUUUAAACAUUUACUGAUAAAGGGACUUAGAUUUUUGUUUAGUUGACCUUAAGUUAGAUACAGUGACAAAACAUGAGUACCAUAUUUCAAACGUUCAGAGAACUAACGGAAACUUUAACAGAAACGUCUUCAUAAUCAAGAGAUUUGGUUUCAACUUGUUUAACUUUGUCGUUAUUAGAUUUACAAAACACUGACACAUUUGCUUCUUCAAAAUUAUUAGAUCACACAUCUUAAUGUAUUUCCUUUUCUUUUCUAUUUUUUUUUUCUGAUAAGUGGACUUAGUUUUUUAAGUCAAAAUUACACUUUUACAAUGACAGCAGCUGUAGCAGGCAGUCACCUAUUUUAAUCGUUUUAACUUCCAUACUACCUUUUGUUCACUAUUUAUUUUUUUUCUCACAUCAAGCAAUUUAAAAAAUUGUUUGGAAUGUUUUUUUUUAUUAAAGAACUUGUUAUUUAAUAUUUUGAUAAUUUUAUUUGUUGGAAUCAUAUUUGAUUAAGAAGUAUUAUUCUAUUUUUGUCUGCUGUUCAAGACCUUCCAAAAAUAAAAAUUGCCAUGCGUUAUCUGCACUUUUUUGUACAAUGUUUCUCUUAAAUAGGAAAUAACUCUGUAUAUAGUAACGUAUGCAAAUAUCAAUUGGCGUUAAUGGUUGAAAGUUUAGUUUGGUGAUGCAAUAUUCUGAUAUGGAGUUAGUUUUCAUCAUUUGUCACUAGUUUGUGUUACACAGUAAAUUUCGUCCUGACAUUUGUCAUUUAAUUUGUGAUAAAUGUGUCUAAUUCAUGUAAUUGAUGAGAAAUGAUAUGGUUGCAGAACUUUAAUUUAAUUUCUUUUAUGAUUUAACUGUAAGAAGGUAAAUUGACUGAUAUGACACUUAUUUCAAACAAGAAGUUUUUUAUGUGUGAUUUUAAAGACUGUUGUCAGAAAGUAUAGGCAUUUCAUACAUGUAACAUGUAUAUCAAAUUGUACCUUAUGUUCAUAUUUGUAAACAUAACAUUAUUAUAUGACAUACCAUACUAGAUGCUGAUCAUGUUGAUUGGAUUACACUUAA